AUGGGACAACAUAUAGAAGCAGUUCAAGCAUGGGAAGAUGGUUUGAAACUUCUGGAAACGAGUGCAGAACGAGUAGAUAAACUUGGAGAGGAGAAAAUUAUUGAUUGGAUCAAUAUUUCACUUCAAACAGCUCAAGUUGUUCAUCGUCUAGGCACGGAUGGACCAGGAGUGUCGCACAAAUCUCAGCAUGUAUGUUAUACUCCAUCCAACAUGACUGAAGCCGAAGAGGCAGAAUGGAAAAUAGAACAAUUUCAAAAGGCAGUAAAACAUUUUAAAGGAGUACUGGAGCAUAUUCCUGCAGGCAACAUGGAGAUAAAAAGAAAAAUUCGACUUCAAUUGGCUAGAGCUCUCUACGAUUUGAAACAAUUUGACGAAGCUAUGAAAAUCUACGAAGAUGGUUUCUCUAAUGAUGGUGAUCCUCAAUGGCUCUACAAAGCUGCGGAAUGUUUGUGGCAGCAAGAAAAAAAAGAACAAGCCUAUACAAGACUUCAACAACUCAUUGGUACCGAUCCUACUUUUGCAGAUGCUUACGGAAUGCUUGCAACUUAUUUUACCGAAAAAAAUGAUACAACAAAUGCUGAUGAAUCGAUGUGUAAAUACAAAUUCUAUUCCUGGAUUCCAGGUUUCUGUCGGCACAUCGAAUAUAAUCCUGAAAAUCUUGCCAUAAUCGAGGAACUGAACUCUGACAAUGCAUUGGAAUGCGUCAACACGACACUAGCGAACGAUGAAUCAAGACGAUCCACAGAAUUUUUGGCAGCUAUUUGCUAUCGUCAUUAUCACGGAUCGGUAGAAAACAAAGCAUUCGAAGAACUCGAAAAACGAGCCAAAGCAUCUGAAGGUGCUGAAAGAGAUUUCAUUGGAUCUACGCUCAUGAAUCUUAUAAAAGAUCAUCAGAGUGUGUGUACAGUGAAAGGUGCAGCGAAUGCAUUAGCAGGAAUGAAGCAUGAAGAUAUAUUUGAAGUAUUGGAGUAUUUAUUGCCUCAAGACACAAAUCCUAUCUUUUCCAUGGAUAUACCAACAGCUCUUGGCAAAUUAGGUGAUCCAAAAGCAAUUCCUCUUCUUAUGAAAAUCAUCGAAAAUCCAAUGAGCCAAGCAAAUGAAGAUAGCGACUCAUCCGAUGGGAUAUUCUCGUCAGGUGGAAAAAAUCGAUUAGUCAUAGAGUCUUGCUUAGCACUUGCAACUUUUUUCAACGACGAGAAAGCAAAAGAAGUGUUAAUGAACGGAAUCAAUAAUCAACAAACUCGUGAAGCUUGUUUUGCAGUUUUAUGUGCAAAUGCAUUUCAUUGUCAAGAUUAA